AUGUCUUCAAAUCCAACUUACGACGUUUGUGUCAUCGGUGCUGGUGUGGUGGGCAGCUCCACGGCCCGUUACCUGGCUUCCCGAGGACAAAGAACACUUCUAUUGGAGCAGGUACUAAAUAUAGGUUAAUUCAUGUGAGGAUCUUUCAACACUGUGAAGAGUAUUCUGCAUCAUGUAGUGAUUAUGAAAUGAUUUCAAUCAGUAUACUAAGAUCCGUUUUUUUACAAUAGUCUACAGGUUCAGAACCACCUAAACUGAAAAAUUAAGAUGAUAAAGGUCUCUCAUACGACUAGUUGUUGUUACUGCUUUUAUUUUGCUAUUGCGGUCUUAAUCGGCCAGCCUCGGGGCCUAUGGGGAAUCGUUGAGUGAUCCGUCAGUUAUAACUUCCACUCAGUAGGGGCUAAAAGUGAUAAAAUAAACUCAUUUUCGUUAUUGACCAUUUAAUGUACAGUUUAUUGACAGAACGCGUUCAAAAAAGCAAGAACAAAUUGGCAGCACAACGCGAGUCACGAGCAGGUCACGAGCAGGUCACGAGCUCAUUAUGAUACUGCAAUGAAAAAGAAAGCACUUGCAGGGACGUAGCCAGGUAUUUUCAAAGGGGAGGAUGGACCGGUUUUCGCCACCUGAAUAUAGUAUGUUGUGUGCUUAAAAAAAAGGUUUACAAAGGGGUCACGCCAGGACCCCCUCUCCCUAGCUAUGCCCUUGAGUUUUGUCCUUGUUAACAGCUUUAUUUCUUUUAAUCAAGUUUCCUCUUCCUCACUGGCGUGGCAGUUCUCAUGGACAGACUAGAAUCAUUCGUUUCUCCUAUGUUAACCCUUAUUAUUCUAAAAUGGUUCGAGAAGCUGGUGAAAUGUGGAAGGAGAUUGAAGAAAAAGCAGAGCAGGAAAUUCUUAUCAAGUAGGUGCCUGGAAACAGCCAGCCGAGAGGUGGGGGGGGGGGUUACUUUCUAAUAAUAGGCUAAUGAGGAUGUGUUGCAGGAUGGGGUUGCAUUUUCACAACUGGAUUGAUAGUGACUUCAUGAUAUGUGGUCUAUAAUUAGCCACAGAAUAGACUUUAAUUGGGCAGGGUGUUCUGAGAGGCCAGUGGCACAUACUCUGCAAAAAUUGACCCAAGUGCUCCCAACCCCUUCCCUGGCCAUGAGAGGCCAAGUGUGGUAAAUCUGGAUUUAUGAAUGCAAGGAGAACUUAGCCAAGUUCAGUAAAUCUUGAUUUAUGUAUGCAAGAAGGACUUAGCUUAAAAGUACUCUGAAUGAAUAAUUUCAGAACUGUUGGACUGUUAACAGUGGAAGGAAGCUCUGGUGAAAAUUUGAGAGAAGUUAGAGAAGCACUUGAUGCAGCAGGAGCAAGUUAUGAUAUUUUGUCAAACCAAACGCUUAAGCAAAGAUUUCCAGAGUUGAGCUUUCCACCUCACUACAAAGCUCUGUUAGAACACUCAGCAGGAAUUUUAAAAGCUGAUAAAUGCUUGAGAGUGUUGCAGGUACAGCUCUGUUUCAUACCUUGUGCAAUAGCUCUUGUGAUUUCAUGAAAACUUGGAGCCAAAAAGUUAUUUUAGUCCUGUUGUCUGAAUUGUUUGAAGGAUCAGUUUAUUGCAUUUGGUGGCACACUAAGAGAUGGUGAGGGUGUGGUUGAAAUACAUCCAGGAUCAUUAAUUACAAUAAAGACCACAAAGGAUUUGUUCAAAGCUCACAAAGUGAUAUUAACAGCAGGUAAACCACUUAUCUCUGUCAUGAAACUUGAGGUUUUUUUUUAUUUAGAUCUGUGGUUUUUUAAAGUUUGCUGUAGACCAGGAAGCAGUGAAUGCUUAGUUGGGGUUCCCUAAAUGGGAAAUUUCUCAACCUUGCUGGAAUGUAUUAUUGUUAAAUGGUUGUGAAUGUUCUGAAAAUAAAAAAAUUUGUUGUCACAGGUAGUAAAAACUACAAGGUGAAUGAACUGAGUUUUUAAGCUGUAUGUGAGUUAUUUAAAAAAUAAUGUCAUGCAUACUAGAGCCGUAAUUGGUGAUCUUUCACCAUUGCUACUAGAAUACCUGCUACACCCUACACCCAACCAUGAACAAAGGAAAUGAUUCAAUCCUUUUUUGGUAAAAUCUAAUUAUGUACUUCUAAGUUGAAAUCUUAAAGUGAAUCUUUAUUUCAGAAGAUUUUGCCAGAAACUAUUUUUACUUAUUAUUCAUACUAUUCAUACUUUUUCAAGGACCCUGGACCAAUAAACUGCUAAAACCUGUGGGAAUUACCUUGCCUCUAAAGGUAAGAGUUGAACACUGAAAAUUCUCAUAGUUUUCUUUGUAAUUUUCCAUUUUUCUCAGUGACAUAGUCAGUUUUGCAGAUUAUUGUUGCAUAAGGCCCUGACCUUUGAAGAUCUUCACCUCUUUUUUUAACCAUCAGCCACACAGAGCCAAUGUUUUUUACUGGAAGGUGAAAAAAACAGGCACAUACAGUCUUCAGAGUGGUUUUCCUACAUUUUAUGAUGAUACAGCAUCUGACCCUCGCAAGUUUUAUGCACUCCCUUCAUUUGAGUAUCCUGACAUGGUUAAGGUAAUACUUACUGAAGGUAACAUUCGUAAUAUUCAUUAACAUAACACUAACUGGCAAUACAGCUUUAAGUGAGUAUCACAGGGUUUUCAUUAAAAAACGAAUCAGCAGGAGAGUUGUGUAGAGGAACUAGAGAAUACUCUCCUUGUCUGAAAAAAAUAGCUAUGUUCCCAUGUAAAAUUCUUAAAAGUUAGAAAAAUUCAAAAAAAUUGUUUGAGAAUUUUCUUGUGUUCUCCAAUAGCUAGAGGUAAUCCUGGUAAGAGUUGUUUAUGAAGUGAGAAAUCAGGAAUAAUCAUCAGAUCAAUCUCAUCAUUGGUGGAUUUUUGUCUUUUGAAGUCUGACCAUGAAUUCUACCCAGGAUGUCGAAAUUGUAUUAAGUGUGUGCCACUAAAAACAAUCAGUCAAUUUAUUUUCAGAAUUACCCUUACUUGAAAAGAUUGAUUUUUUUGUCACAGUUUGGGCCCACUGGUGGAUGCAGAUUACCGGAAGUUUGCAUGGAAAUUGAUCCAGAUGCAAGAGAUUGGGACAGAGAAAUUGAAGAGAGGAUUAUUCAGAGAACAAGAGAAUACAUCCAGCAUCACUUUCCAUACCUUGAUCAUCAUGAGCCAACCAUAGUAGAAACUUGUAUAUACACAGUAUGUGUUGAGUCUAAAAAGUUAACACAGGGGUCAUUGUGCUUAGCUCUACCAUCUCCCCUUAGCUGGGUGUGAGACUUACACUUGCAGUUAAAAAUCUUUUAUCUCACACCAGCUCACCCCUACUACUUACUUUCUCAUGCCUGAUGAAAAAACUUGUGUUACAGCUUUGUUUAGCACAUUUUCUAAUGAUGUUAGUGAGAGAAACUCAGAUUAGAGGUUCCAGAAAAGAGAAGUAUUGUGACCACCCCUUCCCAAAGUAUUGAGAUCACACACCUCUGAUUUUAAAAGUAAGAGGAGUUUAUGUGGAAACCCCUUGACAAUAAUUUAGAAAUGAGGAAUUGUCUAGAUAUAACUGAGCUCUGUGCAAAAAAUCUUGGCAUUCCCAGUGUUAUAAUCUCAUUUCUGUGACGCAGAAAAAGGAGGUACACCUAAUGCAAUUACUUGGACAGUUCUAGAAUUCACUUUAGCAAUGAAUCAAUCUUACAAGCCAGAUACACUUUUUUUUAAUUUGACUCAAAGACUUUUUCAAUGUUUCUUCAGGGAAAAAAGGUCAGGAGAAAUAAGGUUGACCAAACUUAAUCUGAAAUUGUUUUUAAAUCCAGCUGACCCCUGAUGAGAAUUUUGUGUUGGAUAAACAUCCCAAGUUUUCUAACAUUAUUAUUGGUGCUGGCUUUUCAGGUAAUUCAUUCUACAUUGUUGUGAUCUAAUAGUCCUUUGACACUUCUAGCAGAGGAAAAUAGAUUUGCUUUUAAUGUUAAAACUCUAAACAUUGUAACUUCUUAAUUUAAGUGACCUUACAUAUAGAGGUUUCAAUAACAGCUGGUUACCAUCCCUUUCAAUUGUUAAAAUUGUCUACAAUUUGUUUGUAUCUUUUUCUCAGCUCAUGGAUUCAAGCUUGGUCCUGUUUGUGGCAAGAUUUUAGCACAGCUGGCCAUGAAUGAGACACCAACCCAUGACUUGACACCUUUCAAGAUUUCAAGAUUCAAGUUUAGUCAGCAGAAAUCUUCACUCUGAUCGAAACUUAGGAUUUGAUAAAAUUGUUUUAACUCGGUACUUAGCCUCUUACAAGUUAGCCAAGAUUUGUUGUUACCACUAUUCUGUUAUCACUUAGAUGGUGCUCAUGAUGAAGACAAUAAACACAAUCACCACUCCAGAUUAAAGCCAACUAAAUAAUCCUGG